GGGGCUGCAUGUCAGCUCAAGGUACCUAAGUAUAUAGUAUCUACAUACAGUAUUUUCUUAUUUACACGGUGUGUUGGUGCGGCGGUGCUGCAUGUCGACCAUAUUCAUGCAUCGUCCUGACUCUGGGCAUUCUCACAGCCCCGAGAUAACAUAUUCCUAUUUCCUUUAGUCGAUUCUCUAUAGCACCGUGGACGAACGUUGUACGUUGAAUUUAAACACUCAACCGUUCGUUGUGAUCGAUUUUUUCUAAUCCUGCCACCGACGACCCCGAGACAAUGGACGUUGCCAAAUACGCAGUCGGGCCAGAAAGCUAUGACAACCUAUCGCGCCACCAAGUCUCCGAGUUCUUCUCCGCGAACACUUCUUGCACGCUAGAGCAAUGUAACGAUCUUGCCGCGAAACUGUUGGGCGGUCCCGUCUCCGCCACCCCGAUCCAAGAAGGGGGCAGCUACACCGUGGAAGCGGAGGGGGCCAUCCAGGUAGUCCAGUUCCGAUCGAGGCCGCUGGACAUAGCACAGUUUGAGCAAAUCCAGCAGAUUUACCGAAAUUUUGUGCCGAGAUGCCAGUACCAUGACACACUUGCAUCGCUUCACGUCUAUCUUUGGGACCGUGUGCCGGAGCCGGCCUUCUGCCGGAUUCGCCGACACAUGUUCAAGUUGAAUAUAGGCAUGGAAGAGCGUCUUGAACAGGCUGUUGAGGAUUGUGCCAAGUUCUUUGCAUUGGGAUGGACCAAUAGACCGGCCUCACAACCACAAGCGCCUGGGCUGCAAGAUCAAUAUGCAGCCAUUCUCGAUAAGCUUUCGCCCACGCUCCCCCAGAGCCUACAAUCAACCCUCGCCAAGGUUAAUAAAAACCUCCACCUCAUUUUCCGACCCGACUUUCCAAUGGUGCUCCAACCCUCCGAUCUCUACGAGAUGAACGUCCACGUUAACGAAUCAACUGGCCACAUCACCGGCAUCAUGGACUGGCGCGGCGACUUCGUAGCACCCUUUGGGCUGUCGCUGGGCGGAGCAGAGAUCUUCCUAGGUGUUCGGACGAGCACGGAGUGGUUCUUCCAUCCAUCUCACGUUGAGAUGCGGCAGCACUUCUGGAGCACAUUGUACAGCGAAAUCGGAGAGGUCUCCGACUUAGACAAGCAGUCGAUAGAGAUCGCGAGGGUGAUGGGACUUUUCCUGAGACAUAGCUUCGAGCAAACGAACAAGUCGGCGGUAUAUCUUGAGAGACUUAUUCUGGAUGUAGAACACGCAUAAUAUGAGUGGAGUCUAAAACCGUCAAUAGGGGUGCCAAAGGUAUGUAUCGGCCACCGCUCCAACCUAUGAGUCUAUAGUUAAGUACUUGCGAAACAACUUCUUGGGUUCAAUAGAGAUGCUUCAUUAUAGUGACACAGUUGAAUAAAUUCUCCAAUAUCAAGGUGUGGCUAAACAAGACAUUCAACUGUCCCUGCCUCGUGGAGUAGACGUUCCUUUUAGUUCGUCAGAUGACACUAACCUAGCAGCCACCAAGAAUUAACGGCAGCUAGUGACAGCUACAAAUCCACGGUGUACUAGGAUCUCAUGGUGGAAAUAGAUUGCCCAGGUGCUAACUAUCCAUGGAUGUGGCUUAGUUGAAUGCUGCCCAGCGCGCACAUAGUACGCACAGGCUCGCCAAACCCACUAUAAUUAGGUACCUCCAGGGCACAAGAAACCUUGGAAUCAAACAAAUCUCAUC